CCGGCGUGGUCUUUAGUCCUGCCCGUCGACCCAGCCGGGGUGGGCUGCUGUCCGCGCCCCGGGGAGGACCGAGGGGCUCUCCAGGGCAGCAGCACCUGCAGCCAGCAGAGGCUGGGUGCCCACUGCUGCCCACCCCACAGGUGCCAGUCCCGCCCCCAUGGGGCUGACAUGGAAGGAACGGGCCUUCACAGCCCUGCUGGGGGCUGCAGCGGUCUCAGGCCUCACCACGCUCAUUCUCUUCCUGGUGGAGGCCACCAACGUCCUCCUGCCCGCAGACACCAAGUUCGGGAUCGUGUUCGACGCUGGGUCCUCCCACACGUCACUCUUUGUGUAUCAGUGGCUGGCAAACAAGGAGAAUGACACAGGGGUGGUCAGCCAGGCCCUGGCCUGCCAGGCGAAAGGGCCUGGCAUCUCUUCCUACGCCUCCGACCCUGCACAGGCUGGCGAGAGCCUGCAGGGCUGCCUGGAGGAGGCGCUGGCACUGAUCCCAAAGGCCAAGCAUCAGCAAACGCCCAUGUUCCUGGGGGCCACGGCUGGCAUGAGGCUGCUCAGCCAGAAGAACAGCUCUCAGGCGGAGGACGUCUUCGCAGCAGUCAGCCGGGUCCUGAGCCAGUCUCCUGCGGACUUCUGGGGCGCUGAGCUCCUGGCUGGGCAGGACGAAGGGGCCUUAGGUUGGGUCACCAUCAACUACGUCCUGGGCCUGCUGGUGAAGUACUCCUUCUCCGGAGAAUGGAUCCGGCCUCUGGAGGGGACGUUGGUGGGCGCCCUGGACAUGGGUGGGGCCUCCACCCAGAUCACCUUUGUGCCUGGAGGCCCCAUCCUGGACACCACCACCCAGGUCACCUUCUGCCUCUACGGCACAGAGCACAGCGUCUACACCCACAGCUACCUCUGCUUCGGGCGCGACCAGAUGCUGAACCGGCUCCUGGCCGGGCUGGUGCAGAGCAGCCCGGGCCUCCUGGUGCGUCACCCCUGCUACCACAGCGGCUACCGGGGCACGCUGGCCCUGGCCCCCCUGUACGGGUCGCCCUGCGUCCAGGCCGCGGCCCCCCGAGACCUCGGCCGGAACCUCACUGUGGAGGGGACGGGGAACCCCGGGGCCUGUGUCGCCGCCAUCCGGGGUCUCUUCAACUUCUCCAGCUGCGAGGGCCGAGGAGACUGCGCCUUCGACAGGGUCUACCAGCCCCCCGUGCGGGGCCAGUUCUACGCCUUCUCCAACUUCUACCACACCUUCCACUUCCUGAACCUCACCUCCAGGCCGCCGCUGGCCACGGCCAAUGCCACCGUCUGGGAGUUCUGCCAGAGGCCCUGGAAGCUGGUGGAGGCGAGCUCGCCCGGGCAGGACCACCGGCUGCGCGACUACUGUGCCUCAGGCCUGUACAUCCUGACGCUCCUGCUUGAGGGCUACGGGUUCAGCCAGGAGACCUGGGGCGGCAUCGAGUUCCGCAAGCAGGCCGGUGGCACCGACAUCGGCUGGACGCUGGGCUACAUGCUGAACCUGACCAGCUUGAUCCCAGCCGAGGCGCCCGCCCAGUGGCGGGCACAGAGCUAUGGCGUCUGGGUGGCCGGAGUCGUCUUUUUGGUGCUGACCCUCGUGGCCAUUCUCGGGGCCACUGCGGUGCAGCUCUGGCUCCGGGACUAGGCCGGCUGCCACCUGGUGCUGGAAGGCAGAGGCCUGAGCUGGCCGGAGCCUUCCUGAGCCCCGACCCCCAAGGCUUGCCCUGUGGGCUCUGGCCCCAUGGCCACAUGGCCCCCUUUUGCCCUUGGGGUCAUUCUGGCCACGGAGGCUGUGCCGUGGCCCCAACCAUGGCCUUCAGGUCCCAGAGCCCCAGUGUGUUUCCCAUGUUGCAUGAGGGCUGGGCCAUCGCGACCCCUGCAGCCCUCAGGGCUGUGUGACUGCAGACCUACGGGUUCAGGGCCAGGCCGAGCCUGGGAGUGGGGGUGACUGCUGGAGGUAGAGGGGGCCCGGCCCUUUGGGAGGGGCCGGCAGCGGGCCCUGGCCUCUCCAGGAGCUGGCAGAGCCAGUGUCCAGGCUCUGCGGGCUUUUCCCAGAGCAGCCACCCCACACCCUCGGAAGCCUCAGUGGCCAAGCCCAGAAGACGGACCACACCUUGGCGGGGGCAGAUCGCCUUUA